CGACGAGAGACUACGACGAGCUCAAGAGACGCUACACAGACACCACACAGACGGCGGAGGCCCUGCAGCGCCGCCUGGAGGAGAGAGAACACGAACUCAACACACUCAGGAGCGACUCUGAAGCCAAAGUCGUGUCCACAGUUUCGGAGGCAGUGUAUCACGAGUACGACGCUCUCCGGCAGAGAUAUGAGGUCGAGGCCGAGAGCAUGGCGCAGGCCUUCGACAGAGCGACCGAGUGGUACCGCGAGAACAAGAGCCUCCGGCGGGAAACGGCUAACCUGAAGCGGCAGAGCGCGGUCCUCCUGCAGCGCGUGGCCGCCUGCGACUCGGGGGAGCUCGACCUCGCGGCCCUGGCCAGCCUCGCCGACGCCGCUUCCUCCUCCUCCUCCUCAGGGAUGCAGCAGGAGAUGCAACAGCAGCACGAGCAGGAGGUGGCGGCGCUCAUGGCGAAGAUUAAGU